UUGUUAUUAAUUGAAGAUCAUCAUGUGCGCUGCGCGGCAUACAGCAGGAAAGGAGAAAUAGGGGCGUUUUUUUCAACGCCUCCCCGCAGCGCCAAGAAAAAAGGGCUCGUGGCCGGAAGUGAACACGAAAACAUUCACACUUCUCACAGAAAAUAUUCAUUUUUACAUCCAUGUGGGAUAAUGUACCAAGCUGAAGGCGCCCGCAACCUGUGAGAAGUGAACGGUCCUAAAUGCGUACUGUCCGACACAAGAAUACGGACAGACACACACACACAGGACAGUAGUGGAAGAGAGCUGUGAUGAAGAUACAUGGAAAGCUGCUGUCUCACUACCUGUCCUGCUGCUCUCCGGUGGAUAAGGAGGGCUAUCUGUAUAAGAAGAGCGAGAGGACUGGAUCCUAUCAGAAGCGCUGGUUUGUACUCAAGGGGAACCUGCUGUUCUACCAGGAGUGCCGAAGCGAUGGCAGCCCGCUGGGGGUCAUUGUCCUGGAGGGCUGUUCCAUAGAGCUGUGCGAGUCGGAUGAGCUCUUUGCCUUCUCCGUGGGCUUCGGUGGGCACGGCUGCGGCACCUACAGGCUUGCGGCCAAGGACCAGCCCAGCCAGGAGAGCUGGAUCAAGGCUCUGCUGUCGGCCAGCCACGGCUUCCUGUCCAUGCUAGUGAGUGAUCUGGAGAGGCGUUACCACGAGGUUGUAAGUGAAACAUGUGGCUCAGCAUUUUGUCAGCAAGCUGUAGAUGGAAAGGGCUUCACCCCAUUUCUGGCUUCCCAGAACUACAGACCCUCAGCACCGACAGGGGGGCAAAGCUGCCACAUGAGCCAGCUACUUCAAGUCCCGCCCACCUCCAGAAGGAACACCUCCAAGAUAUCGCCAAAGCUCUGGACAAAGAGAACUAUCGAUGACAGAGCUGUGAAUGAGCCAGCAGCAGCUGAGGUACGCGACGAGGCUUCAGGGGGGCCACCGUCUCUUGAAGACUUCUGCAUGUUGCACGAGCUCUACGGAAAGGAGGUGAAAGACCUCAUUGCUCUGCGGCAGAUCAUGGAGCGGAAGGAUGAGAAAGAUGUCAAGGAUGAACAAGCUACUGGUUCUGGAUAAAGGAGGAAGACAAGUCAUGGAGCGAGCAGAAGGGACAUCCUGGAAAACUAAUAGCCAUGAAGGUCAUCUUUUGUUUCUGCUCACAACAAGAGCUUCCAUAGUCUUUAAUCAGGUCUUUUAUCUCUUUUUACUAGGUUGGACACGGUGUACCCCCUUUAACCACCAUCCAGCUUCCUUCUGUGGGCUCUUUCUAGUAAUUGAGCUAAAAGUGAACUGUAUGGUAAAAAAGUUCCAUAAAAAAUGACGAUAACAGGUUUGAUCAUCAUGAAUGUUUAGCGAACACACAGCUGCUGUACAGGUGUGUUUUUGCAGCUGUGUUUGUGCUGUAUGUACACACAAGCAGUAUACAUGUGUGCAGAGAUUGGCCUUGCUCUGGGUCCUAUAUUCAUGAGCCCAUUGCAGGUUACAGUCAAGGAAGGGGGCAGGACUAAGGUUACGGGGUGAGAGGCUCUAAGCUGCCCUUGUAUUUGAAGCCAAAUGGGUCUUUUGGACAGCAAACCAAGUGAAGCACGAGCACCAUGAUCCUUGAUGUCACUCUGCUGGUACGCUUUCAUCACAUUUCUGCACAGCA